AUGGGUGUGAAAGAGGAUAGGAUACUCCUUUCUUUUUGGCCCCCGUGCACAACCUUCUUUAGUGUGGGUCUGCCUCUGAUCUUCGUCCUCUUUUCUGACUCAUCUUCACCCUAUACCUUGGCUGGUAAGGCUCUUGGAUGGGGGCGCAGUUGCACAGCACCCACGCCAUACUCCGUAUUCUUGUUGGAUACCCUCAAAGAUCAACCCUUUCGGUGUGCAGAUGAACUGCGAAAUGAAACAAUUGAGAGCCAAAUUACAUGGACAUUUUUCCGUCAGAAAAACGUUGUCAUGGGACUCCUAGCCAUUAUUCCUGCUUUCGUAGUCAGCCUCGAUGCAACUCAUUUUAAUAAUCCUGGCCUCUUGCCCCUAAUAGAGCCUCUCCAAAAAGAUCCUGGCUCUACUCCUUCCAGAUCGAAUCAAGAGGAAGUGAGUGCGAGUGCAAUGUGCAAUAAGGAAGGGCUUGCUGCCCGAAGAACACUUUAUCGACACCGUCUCCUCUUCCACUACUACCGCAUAUUCAACGGCCACCUGGAUAAACCACAUUUGCAGGCUCUUCGAGACCCUAUUAUUUUGCCCCGUCAACAUCUCGUAGAUAGGGCGGGCAGGCAUUGGAAUGGAGACGUCAUGACUCUAAAGGGGGCGCUGGUUCGAAUGGUUCGCUACUGGCCUCACUUGCCCGACACAAGAGGGAUAGAGUGUCCGGGGGAGUUCACAGAUGCAGAAUUGAAAGGGUUCGCCGAGAAAGGGCAAAUGUUGUUUGACUUGAACAAACUUGUGAACUACUGGCGGGACGAAAUUAGCAUCAAUGAGGAUGGUUGGGUGAGCAAUGAUCUAUACGAAGAUGCGGUUCGGAAAGCCGCCCAGCGAAAGGAAUCUCUCGUCGAAGCUGCCGAGGGUGAUGAGCAGGACAUUCGUCUUUUAAAAGAGGGAGGGAUGUUUAGGGAUCGUGAAGAGAUUGAUUGA